AUCAGACCCACUGUGUCCCAGUCUUGUACCAUGGAGUGUAACUGGGACUGUAGUGUGUCACAGUGGAGUGCCUGGAGUGUAUGCCAAGAUGGGGACUGUGAGAUGACAAAUGUCAGGAGAAAGAGAACAGAAGUCCUACUUGGUGUGUACCUUACCGGCUUACCUUACUGUCACUUACUUAAAUGGACUUAACUUACUCAACUUACCUUACAACUUACCUUACAACUUACCUUACUUGAUAUACCUUAUUAAACUUACCUUACUAUACCUACCUUAAGGAUUUACCUUACUGGACUACUUUUAAGGACUUACCUUACUUGAUAUACCUUAUUAAACUUACAUUCCUGGAUUUACCUUCAGGACUUACCUUACUGGACUUGCCUUAUUAAACUUACCUUACUAGACUUACCUUGCUUGAUAUCCCAAGAACUAAAACUAAGACCAUCGGUGAACGCUCCUUCUGCUUCCAUGGGCCCACGUUCUGGAACCAGCUCCCCUUCCAUAUACGUCAUAGUGGAAUCUCGUCCAUUUUCAAAAAGUCCCUUAAAACUCAUCUGUUUAGGUCCGCCUAUGACCUGUGAUGCACCCUCCUUGCCCUACCUCAUUUUCUGUUUCGGGUUGAUCCUGAAGUGUCAAAGUGUCCUCGUUUUAUAGCCAUUUUCAUUGUUUCUAUAGUAUAGCAGUUACUAUCCUAGUGUCUCAUUUGUAUUUACUUAGUUUACAUGUUUUAAUAAUUGUAAAGCGCUUAGAGCUUUAUGAUAAGCGCUAUAUAAAAAUGCCUAAAUAAAUAUACCUUAUUAAACUUACUUUACUUACCUUACUGGAAUUACCUUACUGGACUUACCUUACACCAUAAACCUUAUUAAACUUACCUUACUGGACUUACCUUACUUGAUAUACCUUAUUCAGCUUACCUUACUUGACUUACCUUACUCCAUAUACCUGAUGUUCAAUAUUCUAAUGUAACUCAGUUGUGUGAUUGUAUGUUCCAUAUUUUUGUUUCAAUGUUCAAGCUACAAUGGUGUCUGUUACAAACACUGAUAUUCAAAGAUGGUUGAUCCCACUGUUGCAUUAGCAAAUGAACUCCUUUUAUUCUAGGCUGCGUCGUCGAUAUACUUUUGUUUUUGAAGAAAUGCUCUUCAUAGUCUGUUUGCAAAAAUAAUAGGGUGUUGGAAUUGUAUGUUUGGAUUGGAUUAUUCUUGACUGUGUCAAGAUCUUUCUUUCUCUUAAAUAUAAAAAUUAAAGUUAAUGGUCAGUCAUUUCUGUCACAGAGAACAGUCAGUCAUUUCUGUCGCAGAGAACAGUCAGUCAUUUCUGUCAAAGAGAACAGUCAGUCAUUUCUGUCGCAGAGAACAGUCAGUCAUUUCUCUCACAGAAACAGUCAGUCAUUUCUGUCACAGAGAACAGUCAAUCAUUUCUGUCACAGAGAACAGUCAGUCAUUUCUGUCACAGAGAACAGUCAGUCAUUUCUGUCACAGAAACAGUCAGUCAUUUCUGUCACAGAGAACAGUCAGUCAUUUAUGUCACAGAAACAAUCAGUCAUUUCUGUCACAGACAAUAGUCAGUCAUUUCUGUCACAGAAACAGUCAGUCAUUUCUGUUACAGAGAACAGUCAGUCAUUUCUGUUACAGAGUCAAAGUUUUUAAGAGAUGCAUUUGUUCCACAUUAUUUUAAGUUAUCAGUUUUAAUGAUUUAUUACUUACAGCACAGUUAUUUAAUGAUUUAUUACUUACAGCACAGUUAUUUAAUGAUUUAUUACUUACAGCACAGUUAUUUAAUGAUUUAUUACUUACAGCACAGUUAUUUAAUGAUUUAUUACUUACAGCACAGUUAUUUAAUGAUUUAUUACUUACAGCACAGUUAUUUAAUGAUUUAUUACUUACAGCACAGUUAUUUAAUGAUUUAUUACUUACAGCACAGUUAUUUAAUGAUUUAUUACUUACAGCACAGUUAUUUAAUGAUUUAUUACUUACAGCACAGUUAUUUAAUGAUUUAUUACUUACAGCACAGUUAUAAUUUAAUAACAAUUCUUUUUCUGGUGAAUAGGUAAAAAGUUUAGGACCCGAGAAAUUCUGACCUUACCGGGCCCAGCGGGGAACAUUUGCCCACACCUCAGUGAAAUUCGUAUGUGUCAGCCCGAGCCUUGUUUCACGUGGAACAUCACACUCGGUGUGUGUGAGCCAACCACACGUGGAGGGUGUGGAGAGGGCACGCAGCUCAAGAAGGCCAUUUGCUUAAACAGAGCUGGGGUGAGUGUUUAUGGAUGACCUCAGGCCAUUUGCCACUGCAGCUGAUUGCAGUCUUUUAUAAGUUUUAUUGUUAAUUAAUAUCUCAACUUAGAACACUUCUAAUGGUGCACCAGGAGCAUGUGGUUCUCAUUGUAAUAUUGACAUAGUUUAUGUUAAGCCCUUUCUUGUCUCAUUGUAAUAUUGACAUAGUUUAUGUUAAGCCCUUUCUUGGCAAAAGUAAGGAUUUAAAGUAACCUGUUAAACUAGAAUAAAGAGGUUGAAGUGGCAGUAAUGUAGGAAAUGGGGGCAGUAUGGGAGCAGUGAUGUAGGAAAUGGGGGCAGUGCUGUAGGAAAUGGGGGCAGUGAUGUAGGAAAUGUGGGCGGUAGCGUAGGAAAUGGGGGCAGUGGUGUAGGAAAUGGGGGCAGUGGUGUAGGAAAUGGGGGCAGUGGGGUAGGAAAUGGGGGCAGUGGUGUAGGAAAUGGGGGCAGUUGUGUAGGAAAUGGGGUAGUGGUGUAGGAAAUGGGGGUAGUGGUGUAGGAAAUGGGGGUAGUGGUGUAGGAAAUGGGGGCGGUGAUGUAGGAAAUGGGGUUAAAUGGGGGCAGUUGUGUAGGAAAUGGGGGUAGUGGUGUAGGAAAUGGGGGUAGUGGUGUAGGAAAUGGGGGUAGUGGUGUAGGAAAUGGGGGCGGUGAUGUAGGAAAUGGGGUCAGUGGUGUAGGAAAUGGGGGCAAGUGGUGUAGGAAAUGGGGGCAGUGGUGUAGGAAAUGGGGGAAGUGGUGUAGCUAGAAUGUUUGGCUUCCAUGGUCAAGAUUUAUUAUAAAGGCCUCCCUUUCUUUUGUCAAUUUCUUUUUACUGAUGAAAAUAACAUUAAAGCACAUUUUGGUGCCCCUAAUUAGUCUGGCGCCCAUUGACAUCUGUCCCCCCUACCUCCUGCCCCCUUUAGCUACGCCUCUGAAGGGGCGUGCAGAGGGGUGAUCUGCCCUGUGUUGCACUUAUCCUAGAUAUGCCACUGUGGUUUGGAAUGGAGAGACUGUAAGGAGACAGUUCAUGUUGAAAUGUCUCAACUAUUACCUACAGGUCAAAGUUUACCAUUACCUACAGGUCAAAGUUUAUCAUUACCUACAGGUCAAAGUUUACUAUUACCUACAGGUCAAAUUUUACCAUUACCUACAGGUCAAAGUUCGUGAUCGUUUCUGCCAUGAGAAUUUACAUUCAGAGCAAACGUGGACAAACUGCUAUGUGCCUUGUCCUGAGGAUUGUGUCUUGUCG